CUCUCUUCCGGGUGUUUUCCUCGGGUUGGUCCUGAAACUAGCUGCAGAUUUUUCUUCAACUCGUCUCAAACUUUUUAUUUUACAAACAUGAACCGUAUAUUCGGCUCCGGGAAGCCCAAAGCUCCUCCACCGAACCUCACGGACUGCAUAGGAAAUGUUGAUUCUCGGACAGACUCCGUCGACAAGAAGAUCGGCAAACUAGAUGCUGAACUCAUGAAGUAUAAGGAUCAGAUGAAAAAGAUGAGAGAUGGGCCCUCAAAGAACAUGGUCAAGCAAAAGGCGAUGAGAGUUCUGAAGCAGAAGAGAAUGUAUGAGAGCCAGAAAGAUAACCUCAUGCAGCAGUCGUUCAACAUGGAACAAACAAACUACACAAUCCAGUCCCUGAAAGACACUAAAACAACAGUUGACGCCAUGAAGAUCGGCCUCAAAGACAUGAAGAAAGCAUACAAGAACGUGAAAAUUGAUAAAAUUGAGGAUCUUCAAGAUCAGCUGGAGGACAUGAUGGAGGAUGCCAGUGAAAUCCAGGAGGCGCUGGGCAGAAGCUAUGGCACACCUGAGAUCGACGACGCCGACUUGGAAGCAGAGCUGGAUGCUCUGGGAGACGAGCUCCUGAUGGAUGACGACAGCUCCUACCUGGACGAAGCUUCAACAGCUCCCUCUAUCCCAGAGGGUCUGCCCGGAGACAGGUCGACCAACAGGGAUGGCGUUCUGGUGGACGAGUUUGGCCUUCCUCAGAUUCCCGCCACAUAAAAAGGAGCAAUCAGAACACUCACGCUGGUUUUACAUGUAUCAUAAGCCUUUUUUUCUAUUUAUCCAACUGACGCUCCUAGUCUUAGAGUGCAGCAUUUAUAAUCAAAGCAUUUUUCUGUCUAAUCAAUGAUGAACAGCCAAUAUCAUAUCUCUCAGGUGAUUGGUGGAAUUGGGAUUUUCUUAACUUUGUACAGUUUUCUGCAGCGUUGAGUUGCCAAGAACAAAAAUAAAUUAUAUUUUUCAAAUUGUG